AUGCACACGGUGCACAACGCUCAAGUGAAAGUAGUUUCAUUAAAGGCAAUCAUGGCGCCCGAGCUUAGACGCGACUCUGCCGCCCUUCUCAAUGGCCACCAAGCCACCCCACCGAGCCUAGCCAGCGUGCCAUCCACACCCAACCAUGACAUCACACCAACGAGCUCUAGCAGCAGCUGCACCAACAAUAGACUAGAAGCCUCUUCUUCACUCAACUCCUCACCACCUGAGCCUGCCAAAUUGGUUAAGGAGCUCAAUCAGUUCAUCACCUGCCAUCUCUGUAAAGGGUACCUCAUCGACGCAACUACUAUCAUAGAAUGUUUACAUUCCUUUGCCGGUUUAUCCAACGAAGAGAAGGGUGAAAUACACGGAGAAAGAAUGAUCAUAUCACCUGACGAUAAUAUUCAGCUCACAAUCGAGUAUUUCCCCGAAGUACCAAGUCCAUUUAAGCUGCUCCCAUUCAAGAAAGAUGAAAAUCAAAUGCUGCCUGAUACUAUGAACCAAAGGCGGUACCUUUUGUGUUUGGCAGGGAUGCGGGUCCUCCAGUUGAUUAAAUUUAUCCGCUACAAGUACGAUCUCGAUGCCAAGAUUCAAGUGAACUUUUUCUACAGAACUGAACUGCUAAAGGAAGACUUAACUUUGAUGGAUCUAGCAUAUACUUAUAGCGCUAGCCCGGAUAUGCCUAUCUCCCUAUAUUACCUCAUCAUCGAGCCGAAUAAAGACAAGAGCGACUAUCUAUGUCUUGUUUCGAAUUCAAAAUUGCCCAUGGCUCGGUUGCAUAGACAGCAAAAAAGGCGAAAAGUUAUGAAGAACAUUUUGGAGCCUAGUAAUUGCAAUGCUCAACUAAACAACAGCAACUCACCUUGCAACAAUACACGCCCAUUAGUCUCAUCCAGCCAGAGAUUAUUUGAUGACGUCCCAACCCUAUCUCUAGGCGCAAAUACAAAUGCCCCACAAAUCGCUCAAAAUGCAUCCGCAUCAACUUCAGUGCCAAAAGAAAAUAUGCUUGUUAAAAGCCAACUCGGUACUGGAGAAAAGCGAAAGAUCAGCGAUGAUGGUAGUACUGAAUCGCAAUCCGUAGAGGCAAAGAAGCCUAAACUUGCCGCUAAAGAGAAUUUAGUUCAGUCAAAAACGACAAAUGCUCAAAUUCAAAAUGAAAUCACAUUCUCUGAAGACGACGACUCUUCCACUGAUGUUAGCGAGAAUUCUCAAAUUUCUUAUCAAAUUGAUCUUAUUUGUAAAAAUGAAUCAGAAGCAAAUUUUGGUGAUGUUGAAAACCCUCGUAGUGUCACCAACAUUGCAACCAGUACGACAACCAGUAUUGAACCAGCAGCAACCACUAGUAAUCACAUCAUCAAUCCUGACACGCAAAUGAUAAAACCUUCGACUAGUAGUGCAACUGCUAGUAAAUUGCCUCCAACUGACCCUCCAGUUCUCACAAACCUCACAAAUUCGUCAGAUCAAGGUGGUCAUAGCUCUUCAAAUGGUGUGCAAGUUGCGAGUAAACCUACUGAAGUUCUUCAAAAGGUAGAAGUGAAAACGACAACAAACCUGAUGACGUCUUUAGGGAACACGGUAACAGUCGCCUCGCUACAACAGUCAACAGCAUCAAAUGGAUCUCUAGAAACGACAGUUAAAAAUGUUCCGUCUGCUGAAAAGAACGUUCUCAUUGCUAAGGAACAAAAUGUCCAAAUCAUAACUCCAACUGUCAUUUCAAACAACACGACCUUUUUACUUCAAUCACCAAAAUGUGAUUCAACUGCAACUGCUCCUUUAAAAAGCUCAUUUUUAGACACCCGAAAGGAUGUUGUUUUCGCUCAUCCGGCUGCUGUAAAUAAACCCCCUUCUAAUGGGGCAAGUGCUCAGGAGAAUCCAGUAACGAAUGGGCACGCCAAAACGACUGAAAACUCUGCAGCCCCAGCCGUAAACACUUUGAAGCCAUUAAUGGCAACUAAUGGCAAAAACAAGUUUUGCUUUCCUCAAUUUACUCACAGGCCCGAGUUUAUCGCUAAGGCCUUGAAUAUGUUACACACAAACAUUGGAAAGAGCAUUCCUCCCAGUUCUAUAAAUAUCGAACCUUCUACAAAUGCUCCCAACAAUUCCUUAACAAAUUAA